ACGUGGGUUAAUAGUUAAAUUGGAACCCAAAAUCUGCAGAAGAGGAUGUCUGAAGCUGACACUACCAAGGGCGACAGGCGGAGCAGCAAGUAUAGCACUUUAGACAUGAAGGAAAGAAGAAGCUGUUUAGAAAAACUUGUUCUGAGGAACAGCCUGGCAAGGGAAACCCUGUCUGAGUUUUUUGGGACAUGCCUGUUAGUAAUUUUCACAUGUUGUAGUAUUGCUACAGCUGUUCUCAACUAUGGAUCUUCUGGAGGAAUCCUGGGUGCUACUGUUGGCUGUUCAUUGGCAGUCACUAUGGCAAUCUACGCAAGUGGAGGAGUGUCAGGAGGCCACGUCAAUCCAGCAGUUUCUUUUGCGAUGAGUAUGACUGGAAAGCUGCCAUGGGUCAAACUUCCUUUCUACAUAACGGCACAAUUCCUGGGAGCUAUCACUGGAUCUGCCGCUGUUUUUGGUGUUUAUUAUGAUGCAUUAAUGGCAUACUCCGGAGGAGUGCUUAGAGUAACUGGGCCAAAUGCUACAGCUCAAAUUUUUGCAACAUAUCCAUCUCCAUAUCUGUCAACAUUGAAUGGACUUGUAGAUCAAAUGAUGUCUACGGCUCUGCUUCUCAUGCUGAUCUUUGCAAUAUUUGACAAAAAGAACAUGCCAGCACCAAAGGGACUAGAGCCAGUUGCUGUUGGGCUCCUCAUUCUAACAUUAGCGCUGUCUCUGGGAUGCAACUGUGGAGCCGCUAUGAACCCAGCCAGAGACUUAGGCCCAAGAAUCUUUACAGCUCUGGCUGGCUGGGGCCCUGAAGUUUUCACUGCUGGUCAUAGCUUUUGGUGGAUCCCUGUGGUCGGUCCAAUGUUAGGAGCUGUUAUCGGGUCCUACAUAUACAUUCUAUGCAUUGACAUUCAUCACAAGAAAGAUCCAGAUCAUGACCUGGAUCCUGAUCACUAUGAAAAACAUGAACUUGCCAACAUGACUGAAAAGCCUAAAAACCGUUGCUGAACUGUGCUCUGACAUCCAUGGGCUACGUGCUUUUGUGUGCAUAGGCCAACUUGCCUUUCUUAUGUGAACAUGGACCUUCUAUGAUUGGUUUAUGAUGAUGUAACUGGGAGCCAUGACUUAACUAAUUACCUACAAAAUUAGAAGUUAAAAAUUAAAACAAAAUUCAAGUUUUUUUUAAAGGUUCUCAUUAGUAUUUUAUUCCUAGCCUUCAAUCUCAGACAUAAAAGUAUCAGUGGAUAAUCAUAAUGCCCCUUAAUUGCUCGGCCAUAAAUUAUCCUUCUUAAUGAAGCACUAAUGGACCAUAGACUGGGUCACAAAGGUAUAUGCAGGUAAUUGGUCUUGUCAUGCAUUAAUGUGUAAUAACUGUGAUCCAUCAUCAAUACCAUUAAAAUUUGCUGUGUGUUAAAAUGAUUUUACUGUCAAAGGCCAAGAACUUCACUUCAGUAAGAUGCUGUUUCCCAUCUAUGAGAAAAUGUAUGAUGCACUGCUAUCAAUUAUUCUGCUAGUGAGGUCAAUUUGUAAAGCCAUAAACAUUCAGUGUCUCACAGCCACUCAAACCCACUGGGCUGGAAAAAAGAGCUUUUAGAAACCUGCAAGAUUUUCUGUAACUUCUCAAAUAUUAUUGCUUCUAGGGUGACCUCUAUACACUGUUCAUUUACCCUCAAUUAUAAAAAAAAAAAUACCAAGGAAAUAAAUGUUAUAUUAUUGUAUAUUUCUAAUUCUAAUUGUUAAAGAACAAUUCCUUGCAUUGUUUUAAAUUCACAAUAAACGUUUUAAACCACAA